UGACUUUGCUUCACAGACACGAUCCACUGGCACGACCCGUCAUGAAUCAUUAUACCGAAAACCCGUUUGCUUCCACCCAAUCUCUCGACGCGAACCCAUUCGACGACCCCGUUUCUGCUUCCACCUCCAAAGUCAAUGUCGCACAAGCCGAGGACCUUGAAAGACGCGAGCGAGAUCUUGAGAGGCGAGAACAGGAGUUAGCCCAGAAGGCAGACCAUAUCCGCAGACAUGGUCGCAACAACUGGCCUCCGUUCUACCCUCUCAUCUUCCACUCUAUCCAGGAUGAAAUUCCGGAAGCUUCACGACCGCUGAUUACCCGACUCUACCAGCUAUGGCUCCUCCUGCUGGUGGUCCUGAUCGUGAACAUGGUCGCAUGUAUCUUUAUCCUUAUUGCAGGUAAAAGCGGGAGUGCUCUGGGCUCAAGUAUUGGAUACCUUAUUAUCAUUCCCCCUCUGUCAUUCCUCUUGUGGUAUCGCCCAGUAUACAAUGGUUACAUGAAGGAGCAAGCACUGUACUAUUACAUGUAUUUUGUAUUCUGUGGAUUCCACCUCGCUUUCUCCGUCUACGUUAUCGUUGGCAUUCCAAACACUGGCGGCGCCGGUAUCAUUGAAACGAUCCGAAUGUUCGUGGAGCAUCACUGGGUUGCCGCCAUCUUGUGUACAGUAGCCUUGGUCGGCUGGGUCAUCCAAGGCGCUGGGAACGCUAUGUAUUACAGGCAGAUUUGGCAACACCGCAAAACGCAAGGCCACACCUUCGCGAAGGCCAAGGGCGAGCUGGCCACACAUGGUGCCAAAGCGUACUUUACGAGAGGGUAAGCGUAGGGACUCUAGUCGUGGACCGUCUGUACUAUACUACGCGCGAUGUAUACGUGAUACCUGUAUGCUGUUUUUGUCUUAUUUACGGACCUACA